AAACCAAACGGAUGUUUAUGGCAAAGGCAAACCCACCCCACCCAAACCGAUUUCGCUUACUUCUCAUAGGCUGAAGAAAUUUCGGUGAACCCAGCCUAUCUAUCUUCCUCACCUCUGAGUUUCCACUGCUGUAAUCGCAAUUCCUAAAAAUGGCGUCUUUGGUAAAACCAUCUCUUUCUUCUUCGCUUCCUGCCUGUAAUGCUACUACUCAAACCCCCAAACAAUACCCUUCUGCUAAUAAUCCCUUCAAAUCUUCUCAAUCCCAUUUCCAUGGGCUUAAACUCUCCCUUUCGAUCCCAUCUUCCUUCUCUUCGUUUACUCCUUUGAUUAGCAAGACCUCUCCCAUUGUUUCUGCUAAGGUAAACAAAGGGUCUGUGCCCCCAUCGUUCACGCUUAAAGAUCAAGAUGGUAAAACUGUGAGCCUCUCGAAAUUCAAAGGCAAGCCUCUUGUUGUCUAUUUCUACCCUGCUGAUGAAACCCCUGGUUGCACUAAACAGGCAUGUGCAUUCAGGGACUCUUAUGAAAAAUUCAAGAAAGCAGGAGCCCAGGUUAUCGGGAUUAGUGGUGAUGAUGCAGAAUCACACAAGGCAUUUGCAAAGAAAUACAGACUCCCAUUUACCUUGCUGAGUGAUGAGGGUAAUAAAGUCAGAAAAGAAUGGGGAGUCCCUUCUGAUCUUUUUGGAACAUUGCCUGGUAGACAGACGUAUGUUCUUGACAAAAAUGGAGUUGUUCAGCUUGUUUACAACAAUCAAUUCCAGCCUGAAAAGCACAUUGAUGAGACCUUGAAGUUGCUUCAGAGUCUUUAAGGAUUUCAAGCUUUUAAUUUUGUAAUUUGUACAAGAAUUAUGUUGAGAAUCAUAAACAAAUAUCUAUAUGUAUUUAUUCCAUAUCAAGUUUUCUUUACAUCCGCAUAUAUAUGAGCACUCUUUGAGUUA